CGGGGCCUCGGGCGGCGGGAAGAGGCGGCGGGAGAAUGGAGGUGCUGGAGAACAGCAGUGACUCGGGAGACCCUGGGGCCCAGGAUCCUGCCCCGGCCCCUAGCAGGGCGCCUGGCAGCGCCGGCCACUACGAGCUGCCGUGGGUUGAGAAAUAUAGACCAAUAAAGUUGAAUGAAAUUGUUGGGAAUGAAGAUACCGUAAGCAGACUGGAGGUCUUUGCACGAGAAGGGAAUGUGCCCAAUAUUAUCAUUGCUGGCCCCCCAGGAACUGGCAAAACUACUAGCAUCCUGUGUUUGGCACGAGCCCUUCUGGGUCCAGCUCUCAAGGAUGCCGUGUUGGAACUCAAUGCCUCAAAUGACAGGGGCAUCGACGUCGUGAGGAACAAAAUCAAAAUGUUCGCCCAGCAGAAAGUCACCCUCCCCAAAGGGCGGCACAAGAUCAUCAUCCUGGAUGAAGCAGACAGCAUGACUGAUGGAGCCCAGCAAGCCUUGAGGAGAACCAUGGAAAUCUACUCCAAAACGACUCGCUUUGCUCUUGCUUGUAAUGCUUCAGAUAAAAUCAUAGAGCCCAUCCAGUCCCGGUGCGCAGUCCUUCGCUACACAAAGCUGACCGACGCCCAGAUCCUCGCGAGGUUACUGACCGUGAUCGAGAAGGAGAAGGUGCAGUACACUGACGAUGGUCUGGAAGCCAUUAUCUUCACCGCCCAGGGAGACAUGAGGCAGGCAUUGAACAACUUGCAGUCUACUUUCUCGGGAUUUGGCUUCAUCAACAGCGAGAAUGUGUUCAAGGUCUGCGACGAGCCACACCCUCUGCUGGUGAAGGAGAUGAUCCAGCACUGUGUGAAUGCCAAUAUCGACGAAGCUUACAAGAUUCUCGCUCACCUGUGGCAUCUGGGCUAUUCACCCGAAGACAUCAUUGGCAACAUUUUUCGAGUGUGCAAAACCUUCCAAAUGGCAGAAUACUUGAAACUGGAGUUCAUUAAGGUCAGUGAGAGCACAGCCGGGCCUCAGUCCUCAAGAAUGCGGGCCACUGUGGCUUUCUUGGGUUUACUCACGUCCGGGCACCAGAAGGAUGCUCGGAAAUUGGAUACACUCACAUGAAGAUAGCAGAAGGUGUGAACUCCCUUCUGCAGAUGUCAGGGCUGCUGGCCCGGCUGUGUCAGAAGACAAUGGCCCCGGUGGCCAGUUAGAGUGGACUCAUUGGCCGGGUUAUGAGAGUCCCUGAAGGACAGCAGUCCCGGGCUUCUGUCUUAGAAGAAAAUGCUGCCCAGGCUGCAAUGGAACUCGCCUUUCUUUCAUGCGGCACGGCCUUCCUGGUGCCCCCGCACACCCGCAGAGCAUCUGUGUUCAGCCCCAGGCUCAGGAACGUGGUGGCGGGAAGGGCUUCAGGGAACCUCCAGGGCAUGGCACCCAGUCUGGGCAUAUGUUGGCAUUUUAGCUAAUAAAACCACACAACGUUGUUGUCGAUGGUGUGGCGAUGCACGGCUGCAAAGAAA